CAGCAGCAGCUCGGAUGCGACGCCGUUAUAGGCUCAAGCACAGCAGAAGCAGCAGCAGCAGCAGCAGACGAUGGCGGUGAUGCAGAUGCUGCUGCUUUUUUAGGCCGCCUGGCUGCUUCCUGCGGCUGGCCUCUCACGUGGCUGCAGCAGCUGCGUGCUGCUGCUGCUGCUGCAGGGAAGUCCUUCUGUGCAGCUGACAGGCAGCGCCGUGCUGCUGCUCUGCUGCAGCAGAUGGGCCUGGACGCGCAGCUGCAGCCAAUAACACCUGAAGGCUUCGCCCCGGACAUUGCACUUCCACUGAAGCAGCAGCAGCAGCAGCAGCAGCAACAAGCCUUGGGAGCCCCUGAGGGGGGCCCCAGGGGCCUGGCGCUGCAGAUUGAGGGCCCCAGCAGAUGGGUACCGAACCCAAGCCUGAAGGGGCCCCCUGCUCUCUCUGUUGCAACAAGGUUGAAAAACAAGCUGCUCAAGGGCCUGGGCUGGCGCGUGGUCUCUGUGCCUUCUUGGCUGCUGCCGCUGAGGGGCUCAGCAGCAAGAGAGCAGCAGAACAUUUUGUCUAUUCUUCCCCCAGAUGUGCAGCAAGCCAUCAAGAAGCAGCAAGAGCGGCAGCAGCAAGAGUGGCAGCAGCAGCAAGAGCGGCAGCAGCAGCAAGAGCGGCAGCAGAAACUGGAGCAGCAGCAGCAGGAAAGACACGCUAGCGACAACAGAGGACCUAGCAGCAGCAGCAGCAGCAGCCAGCUGCUGCUAAUGGAGGCACUUGCUAAAGCUGCAAUGCACGGCGUCUUUAAAAGCAGCAGCAGUGGCAGCAGCAGCAGCGGCAGCAGCGACAGCAGCAGCAACAACAGCUGCAAACACUUCGAGGGAUAG